AGGUCGUCAAGGGUAAAGGAGGCAGGCUCCAUUACCCGCUGAGUCAUUUCACCGGCUCCUUCAACGUUUAUUCCUAAGCUUUACAAACAAAAACAUUCCCCUCCCCGCCAAUGCCAGGCAAAGCUUGUGCAGGGAAUGAAGAGUGAAGAAAUGAAUGAACCGUCAGAAGAGCGCGCUCCAUAAGGUAAAGGAGCCGUGGGGAAUUUCCAGUGGAGAUUUCUCAGGGCCGACUUGACGCGGCUGCUGCGCAGCUCACGCUGGGGCCCCACGUUGCAGCCUGGGGGAUGCGUGGCCACCUCCAUCCGCACGCCCUCGCCGGGAGCGGCCGCCCCUCCACGCGCCGCGGGCGGAAGGGUCGCAGGCUGGGGCGCACGCCCACCUGUCGCGCGCAGGCGCAGAACGCCGCCUGCUCUCCCGCGGCGCGGUCAGUGCGCAGGCGCCGCGGCCGAUGCGAGUGUGUCUGUGCGGCGAGAAGAUGGCGGCGACGGGGGAAGCGGCGUGAGGAGCCGGAGCAGCGCCGAGCCUCAUUGAGACGGGCCGCCAUGGCCCUCCACAAUCCGCAGUAUAUUUUUGGCGAUUUCAGCCCUGAUGAAUUCAAUCAGUUUUUUGUGACUCCUCGCUCUUCAGUUGAGCUCCCUCCAUACAGUGGGACUCUGUGUGGCAUACAGGCUGAAGAUGAACUACCAGAUGCAGGACAAGAACAUCAGAGGAUUGAGUUCGGUGUUGACGAAGUCAUCAAACCAAGUGAUGGUUUGCCGAGAACCCCUAGCUACAGUAUUUCAAGCACCUUGAACCCUCAGGCACCUGAGUUUAUUCUUGGUUGCACAACUUCCAAAAAGAUCCCCGAGGGCAUAGAAAAAGAUGAGAACUACAGCUCCAUUGACCAGUACCCAGGCUCGGCCCUGGCUCUGGAAAACAGCUCUACUGUGGAGGCAGAAACCUUGGAGAAUGAUGGUGGUGCUGGUGGUCUUGGUCAAAGGGAGCGUAAAAAGAAGAAGAAGCGCCCCCCUGGAUACUACAGUUACCUGAAAGAUGGUGGUGAUGAGGGUGUUUCCCCAGCUGCCCUGGUCAACGGCCAUGCCAGUUCAGUCACGAACAGCGUGGGUGUGGAGGAUGCUGAGUUCAUGGUCGAUAUGCUUCCUUCAGUUAUGCCCAGGACUUGUGGCAGCCCUCAGAAUCCCAUGGACUUUAUCAGUGACCCUGUGCCUGACAGUCCUUUCCCCAGAACACUAGGUGGUGAUGGCAGGACUGCAGGGCUGCUCGAGGGCUGCCAUGGAACUGACUUGGAGCAACCCUGCCUCCCUGCAGACAGCCUUCUAAGGACAGCUGUGACUCAGCCCUACGCUGGCACCGAAACUACUGAGAAUCUUGCAGUUGCUAAUGGAAAAAUACUUGAAUCCUUGGGCGAGGACACUGCUGCCAAUGGGGUAGAGUUGCACACUGAGGAAAGCACAGACUUGGACCCUGCAAAGCCUGAGAGCCAGUCACUUCCUGCUGAUAGUGUGCUCUCUGCAUCUGGGGCCAUUCCCAUUAGCCAGCCCACAAAGUCCUGGGCUAGCCUCUUUCAUGAUUCUAAGCCCUCUUCCUCCUCACCCAUGGCAUUUGUGGAAACUAAGUGUUCCCCCCCUGUCCCAUCUCCCCUGGCCUCUGAAAAGCAGGUGGAAGUCAAAGAAGGGCUUGUUCCAGUUUCAGAGGAUCCCGUAGCCAUAAAGAUUGCAGAGUUCCUGGAGACUGUAACCCUAAUACAUAAGCCAGUGUCAUUGCAACCGCGCGGGCUGAUCAAUAAAGGAAACUGGUGCUACAUUAAUGCCACCCUGCAGGCAUUGGUGGCUUGCCCUCCGAUGUAUCACCUGAUGAAGUUCAUUCCUCUGUACUCAAAAGUGCAAAGGCCUUGCACAUCAACGCCCAUGAUAGAUAGCUUUGUUCGGCUAAUGAACGAGUUUACUAAUAUGCCAGUACCUCCCAAACCCCGCCAAGCUCUUGGGGAUAAGAUGGUGAGAGAUAUCCGCCCAGGAGCCGCUUUUGAACCCACAUACAUUUACAGACUCCUGACAGUUAUCAAGUCGAGCCUGUCUGAAAAGGGCCGACAGGAAGAUGCCGAGGAGUACUUAGGUUUCAUUCUCAAUGGGCUUCAUGAGGAAAUGCUGAGCCUGAAGAAGCUCCUCUCCCCUGCUCACGAAAAACUCAGCGUUUCCAAUGGGCCCAGAAGCCACUUGAUAGAGGACGAAGAGCAGGAAGACACAGGCGAAGGGAGUGAGGAUGAGUGGGAGCAAGUGGGCCCCAGGAAUAAGACGUCCGUCACUCGGCAGGCUGAUUUCGUUCAGACACCUAUCACCGGCAUUUUUGGUGGACACAUCAGGUCUGUGGUUUACCAGCAGAGUUCCAAAGAAUCUGCCACUUUGCAGCCGUUUUUCACACUGCAGUUGGAUAUCCAGUCUGACAAGAUACGCACAGUCCAGGAUGCAUUGGAAAGCUUGGUGGCAAGAGAGUCUGUUCAAGGUUAUACCACCAAAACCAAGCAGGAGGUUGAAGUCAGUCGGAGAGUGACUCUGGAGAAGCUCCCUCCUGUCCUUGUGUUACAUCUGAAACGCUUUGUCUACGAGAAGACUGGCGGCUGUCAGAAGCUGGUCAAGAACAUUGACUACCCUGUGGACUUGGAGAUCAGCAAAGAACUACUUUCUCCAGGAGUCAAAAAUAAGAAUUUUAAAUGCCACAGGACCUAUAGGCUGUUCGCAGUGGUCUACCAUCACGGCAACAGCGCCACGGGCGGCCACUACACCACGGACGUCUUCCAGAUCGGCCUCAAUGGCUGGCUGCGCAUCGAUGACCAGACGGUCAAGGUGAUUAACCAGUACCAGGUGGUGAAGCCGACUGCUGACCGCACAGCCUACCUCCUGUAUUACCGCCGUGUGGACCUGCUGUAGCCCUGUCCGUGUGCCUGUGUGUGUGCCUGACGCUGCUUCCUACAACCCCAGCUCACUCACUCUCCCACCUCUCUAGUGGCUCUUUAGAGAGAAGCUCUCCCUCUGCACAGUGGGCUUGAACGAAAGGGGUGUCUUGUGGGGGAGGGUGUGCUUAGUGCAGCUCACGUUGACUUAACUUCAGAGACUGUCGCUUGAUUGAGGGAAAACAAGACGCGGGCGGGGCUUCUGAGAACUGCUGGCUCCUGAGCGGAGGCGGUGGCUUGCACUGUCCAGUCUGAUUGCAUAGUGGAGUAAGUCCCGCACCAGCCGCUCUUGUAAAUUUGUGAAAAUGAAUUUUAUCUUUCCUUAAAAAAUAAUUUUUUUAAUUCAUCACACUUUCCUCCCUUGCCCUUUAGUUUUUGAUAAACGAUAAAAAUGAGCCAGUUAUCAGAGAUGAGAGAGUUCUUACUUCAAAAGGAAAUAAACACACAAAACAUGUCGCUGGUUCCUAGAAGGAAACACAUUUUAACAAUUGUGAGGUGAAAACUGCUGACGUACACACUGCGGGUCAGACAUUUGGAGUGCAGACAUCAGGCUGCAGAGGUGGGUGAUUGUAACUUGAUUACCAUGAAAAAAUUUCAAAUCGCAUUCAUGCUCUGUGUACACAUGAAGAAAAGUGGGCGAAAUAAUGAAGAUUGGCAUUUCCCAAUGUCUGCUGUGUAACCUCAUGUCGCGCCUCUGACGCCGUGUCCCUAAUUGUACACAGUGUAGUGAUUCCUAGGAGUAUAAAGUGUCACCCGUCAAUAAAGAUCACAGAGUUGGUUUAAA